CAUUACACGCAUCACUGAUCACAUCAAAGCGAGUUCUAAUUUUUUGCUUUCACGAAAUUUUAUCAGAAAUUUUAGGAUAUUUAAAAUAUUUCACCAAACAUUGAAAUGUCGAGGUCGCCAAGUCCAAAAAAACAUUCGUUGAGGGGAAAUGAGGGUGGUCGUCGUUCGAUGUCACUUUCACCCAUACGCACGGAGAGUGGGGCGAAACUGCGAACGGCUAACUGGACGAAAGUGUUUCGUGCCCCGGCGUAUCGAGACAACCAACAUCAUCAACGGGGGGGAUGGAAUAACAGAGGAUUCAAUCAGAGGUAUAAUCAAAGGUUCAACUACAGAGGGGGAAGAGGAAACUUCAGAGGCAACAAUUGGAAUUAUAACAAUCGAUAUCAACCACAACGACGAUAUUAUAAUCGCUCACGGUCAAGAUCCCGUUCAUAUUCGCGCUCACGAUCACGUGAUAGAUCUCGAUCACGAUCAUAUUCACCUGUUCGUAAACGAUACUCAUAUUCCCGAUCACGAUCACGAACUCGUGAUAGAAGUCGUGAAAAGUCACGUGAAAGGUCACGAACCCCGCCUAAUAAGUUGCGAACCCCCGUCAACCAAUCAAAAUCCCCCGUUGCCCAACCGCGAUGGGACGAUAAACCAAGCGAGUUACCCCCCCAGCCAACACCGAGCGAUGUGAUUGGUUGGAAUUCCUCGGACAUCGAGGUAAAGAAAGAGGAAGUGACAUCACAGGAGGACGCGGGGACGGCAGCGAUGAAGAUGGAGAAGAUCGCUCUCGCAUCAAUCGCUCGUCACGAGAAAUCUUUGAAGAAAAUUAAAUCCAAGAUGGCCGAUGAUGAACCAGAGAAAAAAAAGAAAAAGAAAAAAAUGAAAAAAAAAUCCAAGAAAAUGAAAAAAUCUGACACUGAUUCCUCAGAUGAAAGUUCGGAAUCAUCCGGUUCGGGGUCGUCGAGUUCACCGAGCCCAGCCAAGCGGAAAGCGAAGAAAAAAUCGAAGAAACAACGAGAUCUCAGGACAGGGGAUUCCCCCAAGGAUAAAGGGGUUGAUGAUGUCACAAUGAAAGACAAACAAAAGGCCGAACAACCCACGUUCCCGUUCAACUUUCCACAGAUGUCGUUUCCACAAGGAGGCAGUAUGCAGCCAAUGAUGAUUAUGCCAAAUUACGAGGAAGGGAAAGCGAUGAUGAUGAUCGCGGUGCCGGGAGUUGACGGGAAGAUGACGAUGAUUCCGUUGCAACAAGGAACCCAAGCCUUCCAACCCCAACCUGUUCCACCACCGACCAAUCAGGUGUCUUCAAAUGUUAUUCAAAUUCAAACCGACCAAUCAGAACAACCGGAGAAGAAGGAGUUAACAGAGAAGCAGAAACGUCGAAAGGAAAUUAUCCGAACACGGUUGUGGCCGCGUCCUGCGUCCAGUAAAUGGGAAGAUGAAGAUAAAUCGGAGGAAAGUUGGCCACUCAAGGUGAAGAACUCGGGGGAAUUACCCAACUUUGACUUUGAAGAAGCGACGGAAUCUUUUGCUCAAAAUAAGCCGGGGUCAGGCAGAGGUCAUAUCCCGGGGUUUUCUCCAGAUCGCAACCAGGAAAUCGGACAAAAAAUCCCAACACUAGGUGGCAGUCAAACAUUCUCAGAAACUUCAAUGCAAGAGAAAAAUGAGAAUAAGGUUUCUAUGGCGUCGGAGAAAAUUGAGAGCAAUCCAAUUGUGACUCGGCAAAAUUUGAUGACGACGUACCCGACUCAGCAUAUUGUACAACACGGUUUCGACCCUAACUAUGGAUUUGGUGAACAACAACAAAAUCAACAACAGAAUCAACAACCCCCCGAGAGCAAAUGGUCGGUUGCAGCGAGUGAUUUUAUUAACGAGAGACGUUCCGUUGCAUCAUCAACGGAAGGGGAAGUCCCAUCAAGCUCCAGUGAUGACCAAUCCAAAAAGAAGAAAUCACAAGAUUUAAGGCGAAAGAAAAAGCGAUCGAGCUUGAAAUCUCCUGAAAUUGACGAAAAAUCGAAGAAAAAAAAGAAAAAGAGGAAAGAUAGUAUUGGUGAUGGGGAUUCCCCCGUGUCUAAGGAGAAAAAAAGAAAGAAGAAGAAAAAAAACAAAGAUAAAGAUGACGAGGCCAGUGAUGCUGAAUCAAAAAGAUCGAAGAAAGUUGAAAAAUGUAAAGAUGACGGAAACACUGGUGAUGGUUUGAUUCGCCACGUACCCGAUGACCUCCCCCUCCACCACCUCCGAGGGUUGAUCCCCCGCAUCCCGACCCUCGCUUCCAUCUUCCAUCGGAUCAAAUCCUCCAAGGAAGAGGAGUUUGUAUCACUCAUCCACUCGGGGGGGCAAGAGAGGGAUAAAAAGUCGCUCAAGAAGAUUCAAGUUACCCCACAAGGAACACGUGAUGUUAGUCACAUGACAAAGAUAACGUUAAACGAACGAAUCCGAUUGGCCGGCCAGGAAAAAGAGGAGAAGGCCGAACAGAAGGUAAGCGUAAACCUGGAUAGCUUCCCGAACAUCGAGAUGAAGUUUGCGAAACCACCACAUGAGGGCAGUAGAUCACGUUCGAAAAGUUCCGACUCGUCAAAGUCGUUGCCGCGUGCUUACGGCAGACAAGGUUCGCGUAAAGAUUCGCAAUCGGAUCGUAGCUCGUCAAGGUCACCUGAUCGUUACCGUGACAACCGUACACGAGGUCACCACGGCAACCAACGGAAUAAUCAACGAUUCCAAUGGAGGGGGAGGGGGCAGUAUAGAGGUAACUACAACAAUUACAACAACCGAGGGAAUUAUUACAACAACAAUCGUUUCAAUCGUGGAUAUAAUAAUAAUUAUCGGGGUCGUGGUAACUAUGGUAACAACAAUUAUAACAGGGAUCGUCAACAAUGGAAGCCGCGAAGAACAAACGAAGAUGAAAGAUCCAGAAGUCGAUCUAGAAGUUCAAGUGAUGGGAAUUCCCCCAAACGAGGAACGUACGUGAAAGAAAUUCAAGAUCAGAGAGUUGUUCGUGCUCAAGCCCCCCAAACCACCGAUGCGCGACAACACAUAACAAAGGUCAAAGGUCAUCGGAAGUCACCUGACCAAUGGGAUCACGAUAUGUUUCAAGAUGACGAGAAAUAAAUAUAUUCGGUGAUUUCUAUGUUUGACAAAAUAAAAGCUCCUUAAUGUCAACCAUGACAAUGUAAAUAAACAAUGACAAUUUUAACAAUCGAACAAUUGUGAUGUAAUAAUUACAAAUGAUGACUUAACAAAAAUGGAAAUAUUUGCCGAAUCACAAUUGUGAUGUAAGAUGACUCAACAAAAUUGGAAAUUGCCGAAUCACCGGGCAAAAUGUUCAUGAUUAUGCAAUGCAUGCACACAAGGAUCGGCACAAAUGUGGACGGUGAACUCGUUUAUCAACCCGACCCCAACUUGGGAGAUAUCGUGGUCGGGGUUGAACAAAUGGUCGUCCUCGCCAGCUAUUUGCAUUAAUUGAUCGCGGUCCAAUAUUUUUCCAUCUUCUGCAAGUCCUAUCGCGUAUGUCUGCAAUGCAUUGUUAUGUCAACAAUGGUAAUAAUGGAGAUUGUUUGUAAAUAAUUCAAUAAAUAAGAACCAGGUAAAGUUUUAAA